CUAAAAAAAUACUACCGAAAACAACCACUUUUGCUGCUAAAUACCAUCUCGUAUGCUCGCUUCUAUUAGCAAAUAUCCCGUGCUACGCGAGACGCAACACCUUUCCGUGCCAUACUAUGUGAAGCCAAGCUUCGAAUCCGAUUAUCAAGGCUCAUUGGGACGUUUAGAGAAUUCCGUGGAGGAGGAUUUCAUUUAUACGAUGAAACAGAACUGUUAUCGUGAGCGCAGCUACCGUGAAGGUAUGAUGGCACGUGCUCGCAGUUUUGGCAGCAGCAUAAAGUUUGCACAGGCCCAGGCGUUGAAAAUGCCUUCGUGUGAAAAGCUAUCGAAAAUUGGCAUAACUCGCUACUCGCUCUACUAAGUGGCGAUACUGUGUCAAUGGAGAUACGGAAUUGAUAUGUGAACACUGGAUUUGUGAAUGACUACUCGAAUUAUAAUUAAUAUUGGAGUUGAAGAGGUGUUGGUGCUUGAUUUUGAAUGAGCAACGCACGCUGUGUAUUUAUGCGGUUACUUAAGUAAAAUCAUAUAUAGAUACAUAGAUGUGUACUCAUUAAAAUUGUUGUGGAUCAUAAACAUACAAAUGUAUACUUCAGUAUUAACUGUUGGAGCAUAAUACAAAUUGAUAUCUAUUUAAUUAUACAGAUAAAUGAAUAUGUAAUAGCAAUAAAAGCAUUUCAGAUUUAUCAGCUGAAAAUCGGAAUUUAAAAUAAGAUUCAUACAUGGCAUACAUACUUACAUAACCAUUGAAAUUUUUCAAUUCGAAAUCAAUAUGUAAUAUCAAUAGAUACGCAAUCAAAUGGCAUAAAAAAACUAAAAUUUUUAUAACCUAAAUAAUAUGACAAGUUAAUUCAAUCAACCAGCAUUCAUAAUAGAACCAAACCCUUUAAAAUGUAGAAUCCUUAAGAAUUUAUAAAUAAAGUAUUUUCACUCCUCUCCCGUAAGCCUACAUAUUCAAUGAUAUUUAUUUUUAACGUUUUAACUAAAAUCAUACACAGGCGACAUCGUUGAUCCGGAUCAGCUCGUUAAUUCUGAAUUAUCUCGGAAAUUAACUGCUGUUGACCCGGACUAAAUCCUAGCGUUAAUUCUCAAGCUUAAUGCGGAUCUUGGGCAUUUUCUAUGGCAACACUGACCAAACACAGAGACCGUAGCGU